ACUUCCCCCCUUUUGUUAAUUAAAACUAAGAAGUGAGACUGGGAACGACGUGCCCAGCUCCCGCGGAGAAAGCUUAAGGACACCACGCCAAUUCCUUCCUUCCAAGAUGGAAAGAGGAGCUCCUAGCUUACUUAAGCCGGGGUAGGGCUGGUUCUCCCUUCCGAGCCAAAAUCCCAGGCGAUGGUGAAUUAUGAACGUGCCACACCAUGAAGCUCUUGUGGCAGGUAACUGUGCACCACACCUGGAACGCCGUCCUGCUCCCAGUCGUCUACCUCACGGCGCAAGUGUGCAUUCUGUGCGCGGCCAUCACCGCUGCCGCCUCGGCCGGGCCCCAGAACUGCCCCUCCGUCUGCUCCUGCAGUAACCAGUUCAGCAAGGUGGUGUGCACCCGCCGGGGCCUCUCGGAGGUCCCUCAGGGGAUCCCUUCCAACACCCGGUACCUCAACCUCAUGGAAAACAGUAUCCAGAUGAUCCAGGCUGACACCUUUCGACACCUCCACCACCUGGAGGUCCUGCAGCUGGGCAGGAACUCCAUCCGCCAGAUCGAAGUGGGGGCCUUCAACGGCCUGGCCAGCCUCAACACCCUGGAGCUGUUUGACAACUGGCUGACAGUCAUCCCCAGCGGGGCCUUCGAGUACCUGUCCAAGCUGCGUGAGCUCUGGCUCCGCAACAACCCCAUAGAGAGCAUCCCCUCCUAUGCCUUCAACCGGGUGCCCUCCCUCAUGCGCCUGGACUUGGGGGAGCUGAAGAAACUGGAAUAUAUCUCUGAGGGGGCUUUUGAGGGACUGUUCAACCUCAAGUACCUGAACCUGGGCAUGUGCAACAUUAAAGAUAUGCCCAACCUCACCCCCCUGGUGGGGCUGGAGGAAUUGGAGAUGUCAGGGAACCACUUCCCUGAGAUCAGGCCUGGUUCCUUCCAUGGCCUGAGCUCUCUCAAGAAGCUCUGGGUCAUGAAUUCACAGGUCAGCAUGAUCGAGCGGAAUGCUUUUGAUGGGUUGGCCUCGCUUGUGGAACUCAACUUGGCCCACAAUAACCUCUCCUCUUUGCCCCAUGACCUCUUCGCCCCACUGAGGUACCUGGUGGAGUUGCACCUGCACCACAAUCCUUGGAACUGCGAUUGUGACAUCUUGUGGCUGGCUUGGUGGCUUCGGGAGUAUAUACCCACCAACUCUACCUGCUGUGGCCGCUGUCAUGCUCCCAUGCACAUGCGAGGCCGCUACCUGGUGGAGGUGGACCAGGCCUCCUUCCAGUGCUCUGCCCCCUUCAUCAUGGACGCCCCUCGGGACCUCAAUAUUUCUGAGGGUCGGAUGGCAGAACUUAAGUGUCGGACGCCCCCUAUGUCCUCUGUGAAGUGGAUGCUGCCCAAUGGGACAGUGCUCAGCCACGCCUCCCGCCACCCACGGAUCUCUGUCCUCAAUGAUGGCACCUUGAACUUUUCCCAUGUGCUACUCUCAGACACUGGGGUAUACACAUGCAUGGUGACCAACGUGGCAGGCAACUCCAAUGCCUCGGCCUACCUCAAUGUGAGCACGGCCGAGCUCAACACCUCCAACUACAGCUUCUUUACCACGGUCACAGUGGAGACCACCGAGAUCUCGCCUGAGGACACUACGCGCAAGUAUAAGCCUGUUCCUACCACGUCCACUGGUUACCAGCCGGCAUAUACCACCUCUACCACGGUGCUCAUUCAGACCACCCGUGUACCCAAGCAGGUGGUGGUACCCACGGCAGACACCAAUGACAAGAUGCAGACCAGCCUGGAUGAGGUCAUGAAGACCACCAAGAUCAUCAUUGGCUGCUUUGUGGCAGUGACUCUGCUGGCUGCCGCCAUGCUGAUUGUCUUCUAUAAACUUCGUAAGCGGCACCAGCAGCGGAGUACAGUCGCAGCCGCGCGGACCGUUGAGAUUAUCCAGGUGGAUGAAGACGUCCCAGCAGCAGCAUCUGCAGCAGCAACAGCGCCUCCAUCCGCUGUAUCAGGUGAGGGGGCGGUAGUGCUGCCCACAAUCCAUGACCACAUUAACUACAACACCUACAAACCAGCACAUGGGGCCCACUGGACAGAAAACAGCCUGGGGAACUCUCUGCACCCCACAGUCACCACUAUUUCCGAACCUUAUAUAAUUCAGACCCAUACCAAGGACAAGGUACAGGAGACUCAAAUAUGAUGCCCCUUUCCCCCAAAAACUUACAAAAUGCAAUAGAAUGCACACACACAAAAAAGACAGCAACUUUUGUACAGAGUGGGGAGAGACCUUUUUCUUGUAUAUGCUUAUAUAUUAAAUCUAUGGGCUGGUAAAAGAAACAGAUUAUAUUAAAAUUUAAAAACAAAAAAUCAAAACAAAACUAUUUUCUAACUUGUAAGUUCUAUUUAAAGGGGGAGGGGAAAGGGGAUCUUGGGAACAGUGUGGGGUAGAAGCCACAAGUCAACUUGCUGUGCCACCAGAAGAGAUUUCUGGUAUAAGGUUGAAACUGUUAAGACAAAACCAACUAAAACAGCAGCGCACAUGCCUACAGAGGUAGGGUGUGGGCUGUUGACGGGGGUGGGAGGGACACAUGGAAUCUGUCACUUUUUAGAAAAUGCUUCAUAGGACACAGGGGAUACCCGUUUCUACAGACAUCUUUCUUAAGUCGAGAGCCGUCUUUACAGACUUACCUUCUU